GAUGAGAACUGAGGCUUGGCUUCGUCUGUUCGUUCACGCUCGUGUUGUACCAUUUUCUUCGUCGCUAAGAUGAUCCCGAUGCCUGUGGUAGUCUGUGUGCUGGGUGGCUGGUGCGUCGUUUACUUGGCCGACACUCUUUCCCGGUCAUCUUCCUCCCUGAAGACAUCUUACGAAGACCGGCUUGCAUCAUAUGGCCUAACCAUCUCUCCAUUUCACGUGCGAUGGCAAACUGCUCUCUUCAACCGCCUGUUUUACAACUGGGGAAGAUGGAAACCCAGAUUUCUUUAUCUAUGGUUUAGUCUAGGAAUGUUUUUUGGCAUAGCUGCUAUGUUUGGUUCUGUUGUUCUCCUUGGGAAGACACUGAUGCAGACACUCUCACAGAUGCUAACUGACGCUCCUACAGCUCAGAAUGAUCAGAUGUUGCAGGUUGUGGUGCCUGGCGUAAAUCUUCCCAUCAGUCAGCUGUCCUACUUCUUUGCAGCAAUUCUCAUCAGUGGUGUCAUACAUGAAGUUGGCCAUGGGGUGGCAGCUAUUCGAGAACAAGUUCGGUUUAAUGGUUUCGGGAUUUUUAUAUUUAUUGUUUAUCCUGGGGCAUUUGUUGAUCUCUUCACCACGCACUUGCAACUUAUUUCUCCAAUCCAGCAGCUAAGAAUAUUUUGUGCAGGAGUCUGGCAUAACUUUGUGCUUGGAGUUGCCAGUCUUGUGGUUCUCUUCAUACUGCCAGCUCUUCUUUUUCCAUUCUAUUAUACUGGUGCAGGGGCACUUGUUACUGAAAUCACAGAGGACUCUCCUGCUAACGGACCCAGAGGCCUAUUUGUAGGCGAUCUUGUCACUGCUCUGCAGGACUGUUCAGUUUAUGGUGUGGAGGACUGGAAUUCUUGCCUAGGAGAGAUUUCUCAGAAGCCACAAACUGGCUAUUGCAUAAAGGCAACAGUUCUGCAGCAGCUAAGCUUCCCAUCUAGAGGUUUUAAGAGACUUGAUGGAACAGUCGAAUGCUGUAGCAACAAUAGCCUCACCGAUGUCUGCUUUUCAUACAGUAAUAAUUUGGAGAGCCAACUGUAUACCUGUCUGCCAGCUCGGAAAACUAUUGAAGCCAGUCAACUCUGCCGUACUAAUAUGGAUUGCCAGAAGGACUUUGUUCCGAGCUUGUGUGUGACUCCUUCUUUGGAAAAUCAAACUAGACUCAUCCGGGUGAAACACCCACCUCAGAUUGAUAUGCUGUUUGUAGGGCACCCGCUCCAUCUACAGUAUACAGUGAGCCUCAGCAGUUUCGUACCUCGGCACAAUUUUCUCAGCAUGGACCUGCCUGUAGUGAUGGAAACUUUUUGCAAAUAUCUGAUUUCACUGUCUGGAGCCUUGGCUGUAAUUAAUGCAGUCCCCUGUUUUGCUCUGGAUGGACAAUGGAUACUCAACUCUUUCCUGGAAGCUACUCUCAGCACCUUGAUUGUCGAAAAACAAAACCGGGAGCUUGUGGGCUUUUUAGUUUUGCUUGCUGGCAGCACACUUUUGGCCGCCAAUGUGGCUCUAGGACUCUGGAUUGUGACGGCACGAUAGUCUGUUGGAAAACUGUGAUCAUGGAUAACUUUUGCAAAUGUUCUAGGGACAUGGGGGGAAAUUGAAAAUUUCGUUGUGAUACAUGCUGUGUCUGCACACGGGUAAAACUAGCAACCUGAAACAGCUGUAAUCAAAUUACACGAGAAAAAGCUGUCUACCCAGGAAGGUAAAGGUAAAGCAGGAAACUGUAUAGUAAAUUCAAGCCCUGGUGUAAAUGUUUGUUAGCUGAAUAAGUAAAUUUUAUUGUUGUUUUUUUCUUCUUCAUUGAGAAAGCUGCACUGACAAAGGAUUAGGCAUGACAUGAUUUAUUUAGAUUUCCAAGUGGGGAAGUGGCUCAGCACCAAAGUAUUGUCAUUUACAAAGUAAAGAACCAGUUUUAUGAUCAUGAUAUCCUAUGUCAGCUACGGCAUUAUAAAAACACAAAUGCAUAUGUGCGCGCACACACAUGAUUUUGUAGCUGGCUUGCCUCCAUGUCUUCUCCCCUGCUCUAGUCACACACUGUUCACAGCUGCUGUAGUCACACAUUGUGCUCACAGGCCACGUGUUCUCGAGGGUGCCGAGAUGCUUUAGGAAAGGAAACCUAAUGCAAGCUGUGUGCAGCGUGUGGACCACAUCUGCCCUACCUGUCAUGUAGAUGAAAAGCCCCACUGUCUUUUAAGAAUUAAAUACACGA